CAAUAAUAUCGUGAUCCUUCAUAUGCAUAUAGGAAAGGUCAUAAUAGGUAGAUAAUUUAUUGUGUAAAGCGUAACCAGUUAGCAGUGAAGUUAUUACUCAAUUUCAUGUUUCUCCUAGUCUGUGAUAAAAUUUUACAAACAAGUGUGCUGCCAAGUUAUAAACAGCAUUUGCACGAAAUUUUAAUUAUUUAUUAAUUACCAAAUAUAUAGUAUAUUAAAGAAAUUUAGAAAACAUUAUAGAAGACCUUACCAAUAAAGCGACCCUUACUAACAACUAAACAAUAAUUAUAUUUAUUUGGAAAAGUUUCAAAAGACUUUGAUGCGAAUUGCGACGGGCUGCGAUAGCAUUUAAAGCUAAUUUAAGAACAGUUACCUCUUUAUAAUACUAAUUAGUUUUUACCAUGGAGUCGUCAUCUAUUGUAAGCUUUAAUAAUGAUUCAACUUAUCAGACAGCCUUGAAAGGUGACUAUAAUAACCCCAGUGUACACGAACUAGCCCUUCAUGCAAUGCGAGACAGGUGCUUACUUCUCCAAAAAAGAAUUAAUUCAUUGGAAAGUGACAAUAUAAAACUGAAACUUGAUAUAACAAAAGUCACUGAAAAUGCAUCAUAUACACCACUUAGAGACGAUGAAAAAUGUGCAUUACAAGAAAAAAUUGCUGAAUUAAACAAACAAAAAUCGCAGCUUUUACAUCAUGUAUUCAUGGUUUCUUGUGAAAAUAAAAACCUGUGGACUAAAAUUGCUACAUUAAAGGGACCAGAAAAAAAAGAAUACACAAAGCAACCAUUAGUUCAUACUAAUACAUAUAUUCAAAGCAAUCCUAAAACUGCACAAUUUCAAGAAAAAUUUCCUGAACCAAGUUUAGAAGAAAUUUCAUUAAAGUUAAUAAAUAGCUUUCUACAAGAAAAGUCUCAAUUGGUUGAUCAAUAUGAACAAAUGACACAACUUCAAGGAAUGGAAGAUGAUUGUAUUCUGAAUCUUGAUUCUAUAGGAUUUCAUUACAUGGAGGAUCCAUCAACAGAUUCUUUAAAAGAGAUUCAGACCCAAGCUGAAAAGUUUCAAUCAUUAAAAAAAGAGGUUGCACAGCAAGAAAAGGACUUAAAAAGUGUGAUAGCUAGAAUAGAAAGUUUAUUAAGGGAUGGCUAUAUGUGUCUUGCAUGUAAAGCAAAUAAAGGUAAACCUAUUGAAAUGGAAGACAAGGAAACUGAAGUCGUCAAUAAUUUAGUUAAUUUUGCAACACAAACUGAUUCAAUAUUAUUUGACAAUUUUUCGGACAUAAAUAGUACAUUGAAUAAAGGAAGUUUAGAAAGCAAUGAAAAUAAACAAGAAGAUUAUGAUAAAAUUUGUCCAAUGUGUGGUGAAACUUAUAAAGAAGAUGUAGGAUUUGCAGACUUCCAGUCACAUGUAGAGAGUCACUUCAUUGGGGUUACAGAGACUGAUUCAUUAGAAAAUUUAGACAUUCAUAACUCAUUUGAAAAUGUUAUUUAAUAUUGUGUAAAAUGUUAGCUUUGUUGUAUUAAAAUAAUGGUUCUAGUAAUGAACUGAAUAAUCUAAUAAAAAUUAUGAUUUUUGUAUUAUAAUUUAAUUAGUAUGUAUUAUUGAGUAAUUAGAUAUUAGCAUGUAACAUUAUGAUUUAUAAAAUAUGCCUUGGAUAUUACAGGUAUGUCAUUAAAGAAACAACUAUCUAAAAAACUUGUUUUGUUAAGUCAAGAUUCAUUGGAGUAUGAUUGUUAUCUCAGAUCUUUUUACCAUUAUAUUA